AUGAGGAAUGUUGUGAUCUGUGAAUUUUUUGUCAAGGUCAUUUCCAUUCCCGAUUUUCAAGGUCAUCGUCAUUCUUUUGCAGAUUCACGUGUGUUUUUUGUAAUGCAGUAUUGUAGUGGACAUCAAGACGAAUUCAAGGGUAUACAACACCAUGAGCUUGAAAUGACCUUGAAUGAAAAAAAUCACAAUAAUUCAAAAAAGAAUUGGAAAGUGAACAUUCAGUGUUUUUUGGGCAAAAUCUUUAUUCUAACAAAUGUUCAAAAUGAUUUCCAUUUACUUCAAGGCAUCUUCUAUGAGAAUCUACCAGGAGAAUUCUUCAAGGAAAACCAGCAGCAGGAUUUCUUCAUAGAUCAGCAUAAUGAUCACAUGCGCAAAGUAAAAUCUCGACCUACAACACACUAUGGGAAAAAGAAGCUGUUCAUCUUCAAGAACUUGUUAACCUCCACGCACGUCUUCGUACGAGUCGAAGCCAACAAAAAAUCACUCGACCCACCUUAUGAAGAGCCAUACGAAGUAAGAACAAGGGCCCCAAAAUACUUCACCAUCAAAAUAAAAGAAAAGGAACAUAACAUAGCCAUCGACAGGCUAAAACCGGUGUACGUCGAGCAAACGACGGAAGAACAUAUCAACGAGUCCAAUCGUCAUCUCACUCUAACGUAG